CCCCACGAAGCCCACACGAGCAUCAACAACACCUCCAGGGACCGAUCAUCCAAAGACUAAUCUCGACAAAUCAUUCCGGCAACACCAUCCAUCAUGGCCGGCAAAUCUCUCAAAGAUUCAGCGAAAUCCAACCCAACAGCCCUAGGCGACCCUGUGUCUCUCAAGGCCGAAAAGUCAGACACUUCACCGACGGAGAAAGACCGGCCCAACAAGGACAACGACAAGAAAAGUCUCAAAGACAUCGCCAACGAGGACCUCAAUGAAGCCAAAAAGGGCAAUCGCUCAAUGCUAGGUGACCCCGUGAGUCUCAAGGCCGAAACAAGCGACAACGAUCCCACCAGUGGCGACGACAUGGGGAGCAUCACCGAUCGAAAGGGACGAGACUCGAAGCUAUAAACCGGCCGUCCUCCUACACCCACAAGAUGCUAAGCCUUGAGUGGUGUUUGUCCAGACCCCAGGUUGUGUCGACAGCUUCAUAUUCAUGUAAUCAUACCUGUUC